UUCCUGCAAUCUUUGCCGGUUUCUUGCUAACCUUACUCGAUCACGAAACGCUGUUAUGUCAGUGGUCAAAUUUCACUUCAGCUUGGCGACUGCAUAUCGAACUUAAUGCACUGCUCAAUUUUUGAACAACUUGUGUUUUGACCUCGUUGAGCUUAAUACUCCCAUUUUCCUGUCGGUUCGCUACCAAAUGUUGUGUUAAUUUUCUAUUAUUAUUCGUUAUUAUCUUGAUAUAAAGUGGCAACAUUAGUUUUUCAAGUUCGAUUGGGUAUUGAGAAUUGAUGAGAUGAAAUUGACAUGAAUUCGUUUAGGUUUGGUUAGGUUUAGUCAUUAGUGCUUCUAUGUUUGUGCUUCUGGCAAUAAUUUGAAGUUGUUUCAGUAUUGUAAAACAGCGUCCAUAAUUUUUGUAGGCUCUUACUCGCACCAUUUUAGUGCUUUGAGAACGGGUGUCUUUAGAGUUUUCUUGCAAGUCUUCAUUGUAUUUGAGAAGAGCUGACAAAUUUCAGCCUGGUAGUAGAAAGUUAAUUGCUCUAGCAGGAGCAUGUCAAAUUCAAAGGCUAACGAGGGUGGUGGCAGUGCUAAGCGCAGUCUUCCUUCAUGGAUGAGCGGGAAGGACGAUGGAAGUACGUCUCGAGGCAAGAAACCAAACAGUUCUGGUUCUGUUGGAAAUGAUUUGAUGAUCGAAGCUGAAGAGCCUAAGCAACAGAAGGGAAAUGGUGAAGGUCCAGUGAGCAGCUCAUUACACCGUGAUUUCUCCAGACUUCUGGAAGGAGUAGUUUUUGUGUUGUCAGGUUUUGUUAAUCCCGAGCGCAGCAUUUUGCGAUCUCAAGCUUUAGAAAUGGGAGCUCAAUAUAAACCUGAUUGGAACUCAGAUUGCACUUUGUUGAUCUGCGCUUUCCCAAAUACUCCAAAAUUUCGGCAAGUGGAGUCAGAUUGCGGAACCAUAGUAUCAAAGGAGUGGAUUUCAGAAUGUUAUGCACAGAAGAGGCUCGUUGACAUUGAAAGCUACCUCCUCUAUGCUGGAAAACCUUGGAGAAGAAGCGACCUUUCACAUGAAGCCACCCAAGAUAUUCCAUCAGAAUCCAAGAAACCUCAGAAAGUGGUUGAAAAAGUUUCACGUUCAAAACCACAUGAGUCAGAGAUAGCUCAGAGUAGACAGAGUAAUCUUUCAAGAGACUGCUUUUCUCCUUCGAAAUUGAAGAAGUGGGCUAUUGAUGAUUACCAUAAGACACUUUCUUGGCUAGAGAGUCAGGAAGAGAAGCCAGAUCCAAGUGAGAUAAAGAAAAUAGCAGCAGAAGGAAUUUUAACUUGUUUACAAGAUGCCAUAGAUUCUCUUCAUCAAAAUCAGGACAUCAAUCAGAUGAUUGAAGAGUGGAAGUUCGUUCCCCAGGUGGUGGAAGAGCUGGCAAAGCUUAGCAAUAAGAAAGAGUCGAUAUCAAAGGAUGAACUUUGCAGGCAUGCUACAGAUUCUAAGAGCAUUUAUGAAGUAGAACUUAAUUCUCUUCUUGACGGCUCCCCAGAAAGAAAGAAGAAGGGAAAUAUCAAGAAAGAAUCGAAGAAGGGUCGUGAAACAAAGGAAUAUGAUAGUGAUGACACGAUUGAGAUGACUGAGGAGGAGAUAGACGUGGCAUUCCAUAAAGUAGUUUGUAAGAAUUCUUAGUUUAGGUCCUUUGAGAUUUAUAAAGAGUAAAACGCUUUUGGUGGUAUGCAUUGUUGCCAUGGUAUGCUUGUUUUAAUCUAAAGAAGUGAGAAUGGGUCCAUUUUGUUGGCUCUA